CAGUAAUCAAAUUUUCAUGAAGGUAAAUAAUAGACUGACAGAAAGACAUACAUAGUACAUAUUUUGUAAUAUAAUAAAACUCUAAAAAUAAUCAUAAUCUACACAAAGUGAGUUAAAUUAGUUACUUUGAAUUAAAUUAUAACAAUAUGCCAAUUGAACAAAGAUUGUAUAAUACUUCAUCACAUCCAAUUAAUGAACGUAAAGCUGUAAUUAAAUAUGUUGAGAUGAGUAAAGAAAUGCAACAAGAUGCUGUACAGUCAGCAGCAAUAGCUAUUGAUAAAUAUCAUGAUGAUAAAGAUAUUGCAUUAUUUUUAAAAAAAGAAUUUGAUCGUAAAUAUGAACCAACAUGGCAUUGUGUAAUUGGUAGUAAAUUUUCAAGUUAUGUGACGCAUAUAAAACAAUUCUGUAUUUAUUUCUCUCUUGAAGAUCGUGGAGUUCUACUGUUUAAAACAGUUUAAGUUAUGCAACAAUUUUAUCCAUCUAACCAGAGGUUGUAUUACCUGUAAUAUUAACCUCAUAAACAAUAUAAGUUGACAGAAUAAAUUUGAUUUUAU